AUGGUAGAAAAUGAUGACAAAGAUUGUGUUUUGCUAGAUAAUUUUGCAAUAUUUGUGCAAAUACUUCUGGCUUCAAUUGCAUUCUCAACUCUUAUAUAUAAAAGACAUAGAGAACGACCACAAAGACCAUUACCUAUGCCAUUUUUAUUUAAUGUUGGUAAAUGGCUUAUGGGAUGGACUUUACAUGAUAAAAAACUUCAAGUAGUUUUUGUAAUGUUGAUUUUCCCUUUGAUUAUGAACAUUGUACAAUUUUGGCUUGUUGACCAAGUAAUAAAAAAGAAAUUGGAGAAGGUGAAGCUCGAAGGAACUGAUAGUUCUAGAGAAGAUGAAAUGUUUCUACGGGUAGAUAUAAGUGAUGAUGAAUUAAGUUAUAAUGAGAGUCUAUCUUCCUACCAUCCCAAAGGUAGUAACGUAAGUCUCUCCUCCACUUACAAUAGUGCACCUCUUCUUAAAGGAACAUUCUCGAAUAAUGAAAACAAUUUCAAUUAUAAUGGAUCAAGAGAAGAAGUUUACAUUGAGCUGCACCCUUACGAUUAUGUUUCUCGACUUCGCAGCAGGGAAAUUUGUAUUGUUAUCAAAAAUGGAAGUAAAGAAAUUAAAACAACAUUUUGGGAAGAUUUAUUUGAAGAACCUGAAGCUUGA